UGUGCGUGCACCCUGCGAAUGGCAAAGUGGGAAAGAGGAAGCAGGGAAAAAACUAUUUUGGUUAAACAUUUAAAUUUGUUUCGAUUUAAACGAAUUAUGGAUAAUAGGCAGCCGGCUGUCGAGGCGUUUGACUGCGGAGCGGAUUACUCAAAUAUUGGGCUGGUCAAGGCCUUAUCCUAGAACAUCGAAGACCUCGGCUUAAUCGUCUAUGCAAACAAAUUGCAACUGCCGCUCAGAAAAACAAAACUAGCCAUAUUAAGCAGUUUUUUUGAUAUCCUUAAAAUUGCUCGGAGGAGAUUUGUGACAAGCACAUAGCUCUGGCUCUAUAAGAUCCAAGCAUACUUAGUUGCUAGGAUUCCAGCAUCAUUAUCAUAAAUAUAUAUCCAAUAUUUACCAUGAACGCCUCUGGAGGAGGCAAUGGACCCCAGGCGGCAGCAGCAGCCGGGGGCAACAGCGGUCUUAGCAGCAAUGCGCUCCUGGCCACGGCUUCCGCAGCAACCACAAUGCCAAUGGCGCAGCUGGCGGACGGCUGGCUGGAGCUAGAGUCCGAUCCAGGUCUCUUCACCCUGCUGCUCAAGGAUUUCGGCUGUCAUGAUGUUCAGGUGGAGGAGGUGUACGACCUGCAGAAGCCCAUCGAGAGUCCCUACGGUUUCAUAUUCCUCUUUCGCUGGAUCGAAGAGCGGCGUGCCAGACGCAAAAUCGUGGAGACGACGGCAGAGAUAUUCGUCAAGGAUGAGGAGGCCAUUUCCAGCAUUUUCUUCGCCCAGCAGGUGGUACCCAAUAGCUGUGCCACACACGCCCUGCUCUCCGUGCUUCUCAACUGCAACGAGAACAACCUGCAGCUGGGCGACACUCUCAGCCGGCUGAAAGCCCACACUAAGGGCAUGAGUCCGGAGAACAAAGGUCUGGCUAUUGGCAACACACCGGAACUGGCUUGUGCCCACAACUCGCAUGCAAUGCCGCAGGCUCGCCGGCGUCUGGAGCGGACUGGAGCUGGCGUCUCCAGCUGUCGCUUCACCGGAGAGGCGUUCCACUUCGUCAGCUUUGUGCCUAUCAACGGACAGCUGUUUGAGCUGGAUGGUCUAAAACCGUAUCCCAUGAACCAUGGAGGAUGGGAGGAUAGCGAGGACUGGACGGACAAGUUUCGGCGCGUGAUGGCUGAGCGACUGGGAAUAGCCACUGGUGAACAGGACAUACGCUUCAACCUCAUGGCCGUGGUGCCGGACAGGCGAAUUGCCAUAACCCAUAAGCUCAAAAUGCUGCGCACCAACCAGGCCAUCGUGUCUGGCACCCUGCAGAAACUUCUGAAGGCCGACGAGCAGGGCGAAUCGGGUAACGGAGACUCACAACGUCCGGACACCCCGACCACGUUGCUGGAGCCGAGCGCCUUCACCGCGCGGGAUCUGCAGUCGCUGCUCAAGAACCUGGACACCGAGAUAGCCAUCAACGAGCAGCACCUGGCCGACGAAAACGAUCGGCGACACAUGUUCAAGGUGGACGCCAGUCGACGCACUCACAACUACGACAAGUUCAUCUGCACCUUCCUCUCCAUGCUGGCGCACCAGGGUGUCCUGGGCGAGCUGGUCAGCCAGCACCUGUUGCCGUCGAAGAAGAUCAGUGGCCAGGGCGCCGCCAAUCGGAUCAGCAAGCAGAACAGCACCUCGAAUGCGGGUGGAAGCACCGCAGUAGCCGGUGGAACCACGCCCAAAACUCAGCAACAGGCGGCGGCGGCUAAGAAUGGCAAGUCACCCAAUAAAACGCCGGGCAGGAGGCGAAAGGGACGCAAUAAGUGCAGGAAACGGAAGUAGAUGACCUAGAAGUUGUACAUGUUUUUAAGAAUACAGUUUGCAUUUGUAAGACUACUCA